CGGCAGGUCUGUCUGUCUGUCUGUCUGAGUCUAACGUCAGUAGGGAGGCGUGGCAGGUUUGGUCAGCGUGACAACCUCCAACUAAAAUAAUCCUCUCACCUAUUCCACAAAGUGCCUUGACUGAAGCUGCUGAGAACACCAGUGUGGGCUGUACCUCGAGUAUCUGGGGCUUGUACUGGCUGCCACUUGCCACUCUGUUGUCACUUAGUGAGACGGCCUCUUCAUUUCACUGCCACUCGCUCCCGGCUAUGGCGUUGGAACAUGAGGUGGGGAAAGAGACGAUGGAUGUCUUCAACACCAGGAGCUUGGCCAUGCAGGCACAGAAGAAGUUGCUGGGCAAGAUGGCCAAUAAAGGCAUGGCCAAUAUCUUCAUCGAUGACACGAGCAGCGAUGUUCUGGACGAACUGUACCAGGUGACCAAAGAGUACACCAAAAACAAGAAGGAAGCACAGAAGGUGAUCAAAAACCUGAUCAAGGUGGUGAUCAAACUGGGGGUCCUGUAUCGCAACAACCAGUUCAGCGCUGAGGAGCUGGCGCUGGUGGACAGGUUCCGCAAGAAGGUCCACCAGCUGGCCAUGACGGCCGUCAGUUUCCACCAGAUUGACUUCACGUUUGACCGGCGGGUUCUGGCCGGCAUCUUGAACGAGUGCAGGGAGUUGCUGCACCAGACCAUCAACCGGCACCUGACGGCCAAGUCCCACGGCCGGGUCAACCACAUCUUCAACCACUUUGCAGACUGCGAAUUUCUGGCCGCCCUCUACGGACCCCUGGAGCCGUAUCGUGCCCACGUACACAAGCUGUGUGAUGGGCUGAACAAGAUGCUGGAGGACGGGAAUAUCUGACCACUGCCUUGGCAGGGAUGACUGAGUGGGUUUACUGUGGGGGGGGGGGGGAGGGGGGGGGGGGGGGGGGGGGAAUAGUUGUUUGGAUGAGGCAUCUUUACUGUGGGCAGUCAUGGGCAGCACCAAGACAUUGAGCUGUGGUUUGUGUUGUCCCACACCUGUCUACAAGGUGUGCAGGAACCAUAAAGAUUGUACAGUGAAGUCCAGACUGAAUCCUGAGCCUUUGCCUCUCACAUCUGCUCCACUGGCCAUGGGUCAGGGAUUCUCCUGAUCUGUCUCAUGUCCCGGUUUUAACUUUAAAAACCCGUGACGUUUGCCAUGUGUGCGGGAGUGAGAUGGCUGGAUAUGGGGGGAUUAAUCUGGGAUUGGGCAGGAGGUCCAGACUUAGGGGACCUGGAUCACCAGGCAGAUAGAUCGAGGACUUGCCCCGUCCACACACAUGUGAGUGAGUUAUAGGACACUGAGGCACCUUCAGCCGGUGGUGAAGCCGUUGAGAGAAAGACGGAGGUGUCAGAUUAGAUCGUGGGGAGGGAGAGUGAGACAGAGCUAGUACAUUAAUGACGAGCGGCCAUCACAAACCUCGAUCGUCCUACAUUGGCGAAUGUCUCGAGAUGGAUCAGAACAUGUAACCUGAAGCCACUAAAUGAAGCUGUUCCUGGCCUCGACCUGACAAGUUUAUCCCUUACAACAGAAUGAUGCGUCGAGUACAUUUGAUGAUGCAAUGCUAUUUAUGGCUCUACAGGAUUGCCGUCAACUUUGAGAGGCCAAGUUUGUGUACGAUUGGCUGUUUGGAUCCAGAAGCAUUUAAAAUCCAGUGUUUUAUGUGUCUGUUUGCAGUGUCUUGUGUUGGUUUUCUGCAUCUGUCUUGUGAAGUGGUUUCUCUGUGGUUCUAAAUCACAUCUGUGCCUUGGUUAUUUGUACAAUAAAGUCACACUGAGGGAAAAGUGAGCAGAUUCCAUCAUCACCCCCCACCCCCCCCCCCCCCCCCCCCCCCCCCCCCCCCCCCCCCCGUUAAGCUGCUGGCCCCGUGGGCAACGAGACGCUGAGAUAUUUUACCGACCAACAUCCCAGCUGGUUUCAGAAGGUUAGAGGUGAUAGGAGUAGAAUUAGGCCAUCGAGUCCACUCCGCCAUCCAAUUGUCCCCUUCCAAACCCCAUUCUCCUCCCCCCCCCCCCCCCCAACCCCUGACUCCUCUUUCCAUCAGUAAGCUGCUCCUCAGCGGUAGAGUUGCUGCCUUACAGCGCCAGAGACCCGCGUUCCAUGCUGACUACGGGAUGUACUGAGGACCUCCUGCAGUUAGUUGGAAAGUGGAGGAGUUCAGGAAAGUCAUUCCCACUGCAGAUUGACACAAAAUGCUGGAGUAACUCAGCGAGACAGGCAGCAUCUCUGGAGAGAAGGAAUGGGUGACGUUUCAGGUCGAGACCCUUCUUCAGAUUGAUGGAAGGGAAGAGGGAGAUACAUAGAUAAGGACGUGACAGGUGUGAAAACAGGACAAAGGGAAUGGAGAUCAAGGGAAAUGGGGAAUAGAUCAUUGUUAGCUGGGAGAAGGUAACAAAGCAAACUGAGAUAAGAUGUAGCCGGGGAGAGUCAGACUGGUGGGAGAACUGGGAAUGGGGAGAGAGGGAUGGAGAGAGAGAGGGAAAGCAAGGGCUAUCUGAAGUUAGAGAAGUCAAUGUUCAUACCACUGGGGUGUAAGCUGCCCAAGUGAAAUAUGAGGUGCUGCUCCUCCAAUUUGCGCUGGGCCUCACUCUGACAGUGGAGGAGGCCCAGGACAGAAAGGUCAGUGUGGGAAUGGGAGGGGGAGUUGAAGCGUUGGCCAACCGGGAGAUCAGGUAGGUUUAGGCGGAUUGAGUGGAAGUGUUGAGUGAAACGAUGGCCGAGCCUGCGCUUGGUCUUGCCGAUGUACAGGAGCAUAGACCCGGGAUAUACCUGGAACAGCGGAUAGUGUGGGUGAGGUUGGAUGAGGUACCUUGGAAACAAAGGGCUGAUCCAAUCAUGCAGAUUACAAUUGGUUUUUGUCCAUCAAAUUAAUAAGUAAUGUAUAUUUUAAUUCUGUACAGUUCUUCCAAAUAUUGAGAAGCCGUUUUCUUGCUAAUGAAAGAUAAUUAUUUUAUCCUAUGUGCUCAAACAAAGAGUGAUUUUGAGCCAUUUUUAUAAUACUACAUCUGUGGUUUUUAAAAGAGAAAAUAAAGACUUAAAUGACACAAACUGAGAACGUUGUUCAUGGUGAGGCCGGGGAUUGGAACAGCCAUGGAGAUUCCAGCAUUGUAUUCACGGAAACUCUGAAGAAACCGCCCAGAUCUACAAACAAACAUUUUCCAUUGAAACUUUAAUCAGCUUGGGGAAGCAUCGUAAUCUUUGGCUUCCAGUCUGUAUAAGGUCAUGAGCAGUACAAUUAGGCCAUUUGGCCCAUCAAGUCUACUCCACCAUUCAAUCAUGGCUGAUCUAUCUCUCCCUCCUAACCCCAUUUUCCUGCCUUCUCCCCAUAACCCCUGAUGCCUGUACUAAUCAAGAAUCUAUCUCUGCCCUAAAAAUAUCCACUGACUUGGCCUCCACAGCCUUCUGUGGCAAUGAAUUCCACAGAUUCACCACCCUCUGACGACAUACAUUUCUCCUCAUCUCCUUCCUAAAAGAACGUCCUUUAAUUCUAAGGCUAAAACUAGUCCUAGACUAUCCCACUAGUGGAAACAUCCUCUCCACAUCCACUCUAUCCAAGCCUUUCACUAUUCUGUACAUUUCAAUGAGGUCCCUCCUCAUUCUUCUAAACUCCAGCGAGUACAGGCCCAGUGCCGACAAACGCUCAUCAUAGGUUAACACAGUCGUUCCUGGGAUCGUUCUUGUAAACCUCCUCUGGACCCGCUCCAGAGCCAGCACAUCCUUCCUCAGACACGGGGCCCAAAAUGUUGGUUUAGCUGCCAAUACUCAAUGAUCUGUUCUCGAUGGCCCCAUCAACUGAUGCUCCUCAAUAGAACUGAUCAAACUACCUUGAUCAAUGUUCUGAAACAUGGAGGAAAACUGAUCAAUACCUCAAAGGUUUAGUUGAGUUCAGUUUAUUGUCACGUGUACCGAGGUACAGUGAAAAGCUUUUGUUGCGUGCUAUCCAGUCAGUGGAAAGACAAUACAACGAUUACAAUCGAGCCAUUCACAGUGUACAGAUAAAUGAUAAGGGAGUAACGUUUAGUGCAAGGUAAAGCCAGCAAAGUCCGAUCAAGGAUAGUCCGAGGGUCACCAAGAAGGUAGUAUCUGUUUAAGAAGGAACUGCAGAUGCUGGAAAAAUUGAAGGUAGACAAAAAUGCUGGAGGAACUCAGCGGGUGAGGCAGCAUCUAUGGAGCGAAGGAAUAGGUGACGUCUUAGUUCGAGAAACUCAGCGGGAGAGGCAGCAUCUAUGGAGCGAAGGAAUAGGCGACGUUUCGGGUCGAGACCCUUUCGGGUCUCAACCCGAAACGUCACCUAUUCCUUCGCUCCAUAGAUGCAGCCUCACCCAAGAAGGUGGUAUCUCGUGGUGCAUUCUCCUCUCCCAAGUGUCGGGAAACUACCGUGGAGCCUCCGCUGUGGGCCCGGGUGUUUGUCAGUCCUGACACAAACACUUAGCGGUGAAUGUUGCUCCAGAUGUGGAACGUGUUGACCUGAGCUUGACCCUGCCUCUGCCCGUGCACUGAGAGAGGUGUAAUCACCCCACAGUGAACUGAAAUGUGGCGUAGAAUGUUAAAUGUGGAAAACACUGGACGUACUUGGCUGGUCUGGGUUUCAUUGCAUGUCCCAUGGGGAGAAACCUUUUCACACAGAGAGUUGUGAAUUUGUGGAAUUCUCUGUCUCAGAAGGCAGUGGAGGCCAAAUCACUGGAUGCAUUCAAAAGAGAUUUAGAUAGAGCUCUUCGGGCUAGCGGAAUCAAUUGGGUAUGGGGAGAAGGCAGGAACGGGGUCCUGAUUGGGGAUGAUCAGCCAUGAUCACAGUGAAUGGCAGCGCUGGCUCGAGGGCCAUGUAUCUAUGUAUCUAUGUCCCAGAUAGAACAAAGACUUUCUUACUUACAGCCACACAACAGAAUAUGGAAAACACAGUGCUCUGUAAACAGUAUAAUAAAUAAGAAAAAAAAGUUCAAUAUAUCUGUAAAAACAAAUAAAAGUAAUAUAAUAUUUAAAAUAUAUAUAGUUUUCAAUAUAUAUAUGUAUAUAAGCACACAUACAACAAAGUUAACGUUUGCAAGUAAUGAUCUUUCGUCGGAAUUGGAAAAUUGAGAGAACUAAUGCGCUGUAAAUUAUUAAACAAAGUGAUAGAGGAACUUUAUUCUUGUAAGACAGAUACAGAGUGCUGGAGUAACUCAGCGGGCCAGGCAGCAUCUGUGGAGAACAUGGAUAGGUGACGUUUCACAGUGCUGGAGUAACU